UCGUCGCGUCUGUCUACCGGCUCCACCAAUACCUAUGUCAUGUCCACCUCUCCCAGAUCAAGCCGCACCUACUCGUCGCGACGUCGCACCCACGAUACCUACAUGCCUACUAUCAUGACCACAGUGGGCCAAAGGCCUGCCUGUCUCGUGAAUGCUUCCGUCACCUAUGUUGGCAACGACCAGAUCUACGCUUUCGGCGGCUUCGACCAGUACACGGACGAAGUCUACAACCAUGUUCUCAGACUGGAUCUGCAGGCCAAGCAAUGGAGUCUGGUCGACAACUACGGUGACAUUCCUGGCGUACGCAUGGGUCAUACUGCAUGUCUCUGGCAGAACGAGAAGCUCCUUGUAUUUGGUGGAGAGAACGAACACCGCUCCCACCUUGCCGACGUCAUAAUCUUUGAUCUCAAGACAGCCCAUUGGACCUCGCCUGAGGUUCAAGGCAUUCCUCCCCGCGGAAGAGCCAGGCACUCUGCCGUCAUCCAUCAAGACAAGCUCUUCGUCAGCGGUGGUAUGACUGGCCAUGACAAUGCAGUACUAGAUGACAUUUGCUAUCUCGAUCUCAAGACCUGGACAUGGUCACGACCUUGGAAGUUUGUCCCCAGAUACGACCAUUCAACAUGGAUCUGGCGUGACAGACUCUGGGUGUCGGGAGGUAUGACCGAAGACAUGGAGCGUACGAGCGACAUCUGGUGGCUCGACCUCAAAGGCAUCCCUGCUUUCGAAGGCGCAAACCCUGCCGACGACAUGUCUAGGUCCUCCAUGUUUUCUCCAACUUCCGCUACUCCUCAGGCAGGUCCGACUGGUGCCUAUGCUGCAAACUCAAGCAGUGUCCAGGUAAAUCCAGGCUUCAUGGUCCAACGUAAUCCACCCAUUGCGCCAGGCUCCAUCUCUUCUCUUCGUUUCAUCUCAAACCCCAACCUCCCUGUACAAAAUGUAGGAUACCAUUUCCAUGUCUUCUCGUCUGCAUGCUUGCUCGACUUUGUCACCCCAGCGACACUCAUGUCUGCAUCCGAGACCAGCCUCUCGGCGUUCGAUCUGGACUCUUUGCGUUGGCAAAAGCUGGCUGAUGGAAAGGACAUUUUCAACCCAAACUACCGUUGGCAUUAUUGCUGUCUUGAUUCGGACGGCACACACGCCUGGCUGCUUGGAUGUCCCAACUCACUCCCCAGAAACGCGCCGGACGCUGAAGAGUAUCUAAGUGAUGUUCUUCACCUUGACCUACGAAAGCUCGGCCUCCUCGGAAACAAGCUCACUCUGGAAUCCCGAUCUGUCCAACAGACACCGACUUCUGACAACCGAAUUUCUUCGCACCUCUCCGCUAUUGGCGCCGAUCUUGCUCGUACAUUCGAUGUUCCUCCCGAGCAGGGCUCUGGCACUGAUUUCAUGAUUACGGCCAACCCGGACGAUGACUACGACCAGGAUUAUGAUGGGGACAGUGUGAGAUCUCACGAGAAACCUGCGAACGCCUCUCGACCCAUCCAUGUUCAUCGCUUCAUCCUUUCGGCGCGCUGGCCUCACUUCGCUCGCCUUUACAGUGCUCAGAUGUCCGAGUUCCAUACAAAGAAGAUGCACAUUCCAGAGCCGUAUGCUGCGGUGCGCGCCUUCCUUUACUACCUCUACACGGACUCCAUUGCACCUUCGUCCAUCGUGAACUCUGCAUCCCCAUCACCCAGUCUCGAGGAUGUAGCAGGCAUGCUUGUCAUGAGCAAUAUCUAUGACAUGCCACGCCUACAUCAUCUGUGUGUCGCAAGAUUGGUUCGUGAGCUCGACAUCCAGCACGCUGCUCUCAUCUUUGACUGUGCGAGUGUCGCUCAAGAAACUUGGCUCAAGCGUCGUGCAGCCAGCUUCUGUAUGACACAUUGGGGACGUGUGGUGCGUACCGAAGGGUUCCGACGACUGUCGCGCGCUGCCAUGCUUGAGCUUUGCGAAGAAGUGGAUGCUGAAGGACGAGUAGUCGGUGGAGACGAGCUUGAA